UAUCAUUUCGGCAGUUUCGCGCCUACCUCUCAGACUCGGUGACUCUCUCUCUUUCUCUCUCUUAUGUACUGACACUCUUUCUCUCUCUACCUCUCUCUCGUUUCGUACCCAAAGACCUCUCUUUUUUUCCGAGUUAGAUCAGAGGAGGAGAAAGAAAUCUUGGCCAUGGCGAAUCUUAUUGGAGGAGAAGAGGAGUGGUCCUCUGUUUGAGACUUCAUAUCAGGUUUCUGCGGGAGCUUGAGCUGUCGUCUUUUUCCGAUCGGCGUUCGUCUUCGAAGUAGGUAGCUUCCUCUUUCUCUUUCUCUCUCUCUCUCUCUCUCUCUCUCUCUCUCUUCUCGUGGAUCCUCUAGGGGGAAGCUCUUUUUCUUUUGGUGGAACCUGAACCGAAGGAAGCUCCGUGAGAAAUUAAAGUUCCUUUUUUAUUAUAAAUCCUGUGUUUAGUUUCAAUCGAGACUUGGGGUUGCGGCUUCCGAUCGUCUUCGAAGUGGGUGGCCUUUGGUUUCGAAUCUUGUUUUCUCCUUUUUCCAUCUGAUGAUUUCGAUCAGAAAUCGUUGAAAUUGAGGACUAAACCCAUAGAUUUGUGGGAGAAGGAUUACAUUUUGAUACUUUUUAGUUGACUGGAGGAGAGGGAGCAUUACGCUGCAACUUCUAGCAGCUUAGGGUUUAAUUUAUAUUGUUUUCCUGCGCUAUGGAUGACGCGAGAGACGAAUUGAUGGAUCUUGAUUUAAAUCUUGGACCUUCUGUUCCUUUAUCACCCAAUUACGACCCAGAUUUAGGGCCUCUAUCGGCUGAAUUAGGAAACAUGGAAGAACAUAUUCGACAACUCGAAGCAGUUGCAGUGAGGGCUAGGCAUCGUUGGAGGUGGAGGCAGGGGAGGGUCCCGGCUGAGGUGAGGAGUAUUCCGGUGGAAAUGAUCGUCAGCUCUGGUAGCUCGGCCAGGCUGCAAACUGGGGAGGGCAGUGUAGCGGCAGAAGAUAGAACUACCUCUGAUAGCAAUAAAGUAUGCAAAGGGAAUGCAAGUGAUUUGCUUGCCAAGGCGUUGGGGUCAUGCAAUGAACCAAAGAAGAGUAGUGGUAGCGGUGAUGGUGGUAGUUUCUUUGAGUGCAAUAUAUGCUUGGAUGUAGCUAGGAAUCCUGUCCUUACUUGUUGUGGUCACUUGUUCUGUUGGCCCUGCCUAUACCAGUGGCUACACAUUCAUUCGGAUACCAAAGAAUGUCCGGUGUGCAAGGGAGAGGUCACAGAUAUGAACAUUACACCAAUUUAUAGCCGUGGAAAUGAUACCCAAGAAUCAGAGAAGGAAGAUGAAUCGGGAGUGAAGGUCCCUCCAAGACCCCAUGCACGACGGGUCGAGAGCUUAAGGCAAUGGAUUCAUAGAGCUGUUCAAAUUGAAGAUUCUUACUUUGCUCAGAUGAUAAGGCGAAUUGGCAAUAGGUUUGAUGUGAUGGGGGAGUGGCCUCCACCUCCAGAUCUUGAUGCUGCUGAUGAGAUGCGAGAUAGACCAAAUUCAUUAUCCAAUUGGAUUCCUUCCACUCGGCGAAGGGAGGGAUCAGGGCGUUAUUCAAUUCAAGAACGGAAUUUUGGCAGACCAGAGCAGGAUUUUAUUGAUUUAACGCAAGGCUAUAGUGGCAGCUCUGAGUCAGAGGGCAGCCGGCAACUUCCAUCCCUGCGAUCUGUGAGGUCACAGAGGACUGCUGCUGCUUCAAUUUCACACAUUUCCUCUGCUGAAAGACUGGUUCAGGCAUAUUUUCUUGGACGUCCGAUGGGAAGAAACCAAACCCAUAACCCGCCAGUCGAGGAUAGAGAUUCUGUUUCCAGCAUUGCUGCUGUUAUACAAUCAGAAAGCCAGACUCUGGAUAAUACUGCAGAAAUAGAGUCAAUGAUGUCUCUGUCCUCUUCUUCCUCUAGAAGAAGAACUGAUGCUUCUAGGGCUUCAUAUGUGGACAGUGGAAUUUCUCGUGCUACUAGACGGAGAAGGUUGAUCUGAUUUUUUUUUCUUAUCUAAUAAUUUUCUUAUGGAGAAUCAUUGAGAAUUUAAGGCUUCCCUAUGUGGUCGGCAUGCAUGUUUACCAGCUUCUUUCUCGCUGAUGUUUCGUAGCUAGCCAAUGCUGGAGACUCUUGUCAUUUGUUCUUUUCCUCAAAGGAGAGUAUGCUUGUUUUUAUUUGUAGACAUCUCAAUUUGUACUGUAGAAACAGGCAGACCUAUGGAUCAGUGUUGUACAUACAUUUGCAAGAUUUAUACUUAAAUAUACUUGUUUUUUCUAUGCUA